AUGAAGAGCUGGCUUCGAACACUGGGCCUAACGGCCUUGCUGGCAGGCUCUGUGCUUGCCAAUGACGUGGAACUGAAAUCCGAUGAGGCGCAUCGACAACGCUGUUCAGGGAUGUACAGCCGGAAAUCCUGGGGAGGCACGGUAGACCCUUUCAUCCUAGUGAAGUUUUCUAAGGCGGAAGGGGCGCAGAACGAUCCUCUGGCAAGUUUGGUUAUAUUUGAAUGGAACGACGAAGGAUUGAUUGGCGAGUACCGAGAAGGAGCCGACCCAACGACUGAUGUGAAGGAAACUAUCUGCGACCAAAGCAAUGUGGAUGCCAAACUGUGUACUAAAGAACAGAUCGGCUCGUUUCUUCUCACCAGCAAUGCAAGUGACGCCUCCCAGAACCCUAUCAUCUCGACGACUAUCCACCUUGACAACCCAGACGCUGUGAACUACCCCGUGCGUAAGACCGGCUUCUACUGUGUCAGCACAUACGCAUACUCGGAUGAACCUUACACUGCCGUGGUCACCUUCCGCAACUCGUACGGUGAACUUCCUGCCGCACAAAUUGCCAAGCUUCCUUUCUAUGGUGCCUUGACAAUCGUCUAUGCUGUCGUUGGUGUGUUCUGGGCGUUCCUCUAUGUGCAGAACCGACACGACAUUCUGCCCGUCCAGAACUAUAUUACAGCCAUCGUGGUAUUCCUGAUUGUUGAGCAAUUGAUGACUUGGGGAUUUUACAACUACCAAAAUAUCCAUGGUUUGAAUGCUGGAGCGAAGGCAUUGAUGAUAAUUGUUGCUGUUCUGAAUGCUGGCCGAAAUGCCUUCUCAUUCUUCCUCCUGCUCAUUGUCUGUAUGGGCUAUGGUGUUGUGAAGCCCUCGCUCGGUCGGACGAUGAUCUACGUUCGCAUUCUGGCAAUCGCCCACUUCGUCUUCGCCGUUGUCUACUCGGUCGCUAGUCUGACUGUCACACCCGACAGCGCUGGACCUCUCGUGCUUCUGAUCGUUCUGCCUCUCGCUGGAACAUUGACUGCCUUCUAUGUCUGGACCUUGAACUCUCUCAACGCUACUAUGAAGGAUCUCAUCGACCGCAAACAGAAGACCAAGGCACUGAUGUACAAGAAGCUUUGGUGGUGCAUUCUUGGAAGCAUCAUCGUCAUUUUCGGCUUCUUCUUCAUCAACUCUUUCGCAUUUGCUGGUCGUAGCGACGCGAGCUUUGUCCCUGAGCACUGGAAGGCGCGGUGGUUCGUGCUGGAUGGUUGGCUCAACCUGGUUUACUUCUUUGACAUCUGCUUCGUGGCGUACCUGUGGCGCCCAACUGCCAACAACCGCCGCUUCGCCAUGAGUGACGAGCUUGCUCAAGAUGACGAUGGCUUUGAGAUCCGUUCUUUCGGCAGUGGUCUUGACGAGGAAGACCCUCUGGACGCUCCUCCCGAGUACCCUGGUAGCUCAGCUGCCGAAGGCCGCCGCGACCUUUCUCCAAUUCCACCGAAGCCCGUUUCCUCGGCUCAACGCCCAUCUCUUGAUGAAGAAACGAUUUUCGCUGUAGGCGACGAGGACAAGUGGUCUGAUGAUGAUGAGUCCCCUCGUAACUCAGGCGAGCAUCAAAGACUCACCCACUAG